CCCAGGCUAGGCUCUGGAUUAGUGGGUGGAAGGCUGCACUCGUGGCUGCCUAGGGCUCAGACUGGUCUUAGGAUCCCAGCAGAGGCCACCUCCCUACCCUGAAGUUGGGAAGGUUCUCACUGAAGGUCUGGCAAGUACCUGCAGGGAAGACCAUGGUCUCCAUGGCAGGCCUAACUGGGAGGUGUCUCAGCCGGUGGGAGCUGGUGGGAAGGAAGGUUUACUGAGACUCAGAAACUGAUCCUCCUGUCUUUUGGGUGCUAAAAUGAUCUGGUGCAGCCCUUGGAGCCAUUGAUUAUAGUCAGGACGACCAGGGAUAUGCAAACAGCCAUUUACCUGGAAGUGGUUGGCCGGUAGCCAGGCUUAUCAGGGCAGGCAGGUAAUCGUUCUGACAGGCCUGAAGCUGCUAAGGGUCAUCCAAGACCACUGACUCCAAGUGGCAGAGGCAUCCCUUCAAUGUACCACAGUGGGAGAGAUGGCUGACAGGUGGCCAUUAGGCACAUGGUGAUCAGAUAGAUGGUCAGAUAAUCAGCCUGGACAGUCUGUAGAGAUUGAGUCAGGGACAGCUUCAGGAAACUCAGGGCUACCCUGGGUGGCCACAUAGUUAUCACACAACCCCAGAUGGUCAGACCCCAAAAGCGAUCCAGACCUUCCAGGAACUGGCCUCUGGAGGCCCUGUGUGACUCCAAUGGCGGCCUCCCAGCUGGCUGCCUUGGAAGGAGAGGGGCUGGAGGCUGGUGAACCAGCCCUGACCAAGGCCAGCCCUGGCUUCUUGUACUCUGAGGGCCAGCGGCUAGCUCUGGAAGCACUGCUGAGCAGUGGGGAAGAGGCCUUCCGGGCCUGCGUGCAGCAGGAGAGGUUGCCCCCGUUUCUGAGUGCAGAUGAGGCUCAGGCCCUCGCUGCAGCUGCUGAAGACUGGACAGUACCAAGCCAGGAGCCAUGUGGAGCAGGCCCAGCGACCGCUGUCCCUGAUGGGAGUAUUGGCAGCCUGACCUACUGGCCUGGGCAGUCUGAGGAGCCGGCACCCGUGUUGCGGCUGGGCUGGCCGGAGGACACUGCCUGGAAGGGUAUCACCCGAGCUCAGCUCUACACUCAGCCACCGGGCGAAGGCCAACCACCCAUUAAAGAGUUGGUACGCCAGGAGAUCCAGGCUGCUCGAAAGCUGGUGGCCGUAGUCAUGGAUGUCUUCACUGACCCUGACCUGCUCACAGACAUGGUGGAUGCUGCCACACGCCGCUGGGUACCUGUCUAUUUACUGCUUGACCGAGAGCAUCUGCCCGCCUUCUUGGCACUAGCUCAGCAGCUGGGGCUGAACCCCUGGACCACUGAGAACCUGGACGUCCGGACUGUGCAAGGCCACACCUUCCAGAGCCGCAGGCGACGGCAGGUGAGCGGCCAUGUGCGGGAGAAGUUUCUGCUGCUGGACGGUGACAGGGUCAUCUCGGGAUCCUACAGCUUCACAUGGAGUGAUUCACGCCUGCACCGAGGCCUGGUGACCUUGCUCACAGGAGAAAUCGCGGAUGCCUUCAGCCAGGAGUUCCGUGUCCUGUAUGCAGCUUCCAGGCCUCUCCCACCAGCACCAGCUCGAAGCCCGGUGUCCAGCCCUUCUGAGGGCUCACAGCUGCCCCGAAGCCCUCACCACGUGGCCCUACGCCGUCCUGUGGUCCCAUUGCUGUCCGACAGGCCUCUGGCUCACCGUCUGGCUGCCUGCCACAUCCUCGAGGGGGACAGACGGGAGACCCCCGCCACCGCAGGGCCAGCUCUCAGUGACAUUUUGAGGAGUGUACAGCGUACCAGGACAGCCAGUGGUCCCCCAACCAGGCCCAGCCGCUCUCUGUGGGACCUCAGCCGCCUGUCCCAGCUCUCUGGCUCCAGUGAUGGUGACAAUGAGAUCAAGAAGUCCUGGGUCUCCAAGGACACUCCAGCCAGGGCCCUGAUGAGGCAGCGGGGCACUGGAGGGGGGCCCAGGGGUGAGAUGGAUUCCCACCCGCUAGCCCGGUCACAGCCCUGGGGUGGCCCCCUCCCCAUGAUUCCAGCCCGCCGCCUGCAUUACCCAUCUCCAGCCCAAAGGAGGUUGGGAGACAAUGCCACAUCAGACUGGGCCUCUGGCUCAGGCCCUGGAAGGCGACGCUGAUGGGAGCCCUGGCCAGAUAUGGCUGGCCAGCCACGGUCAGCUCAGAGCCCCUACCAGACACUGGCUGAGUCUGAGGCCUCUGGCCUGGGAUCUGGGCAGUGGAAGGGAUUGGUCUUAAUUGCUCUAGAAUUGGGUGAGCUCAGCAGAGCUCAGGGCUCAGCGUCAUCAUCUGGAAAUGGGCAGAAUGUUCCAGAGCAGCAGACAGGACUGCUUCAGAGACAGGCCUAGCUGCCCCACCAUGUAUUGUGGGGCGACCCUAGAGGAAAAGCACCCAUACCCAUGUAUGGGGCAGUGGGUAACGUGAGUCCUGGAAAGGGGUGUUAACAGUGAUGGGGUUUAAAGGGGAGGGGCAAGGCUGAAAGACAAGGGCCUGGGAAGUGCUGGGGACACUGAGACAUUGGAAUAUGUCUGGAACUUUUUGUGGGGACUAAAGGAGAGCACCAGAGUGCUCCCCUCUAUUUCUGCUCAGAUUAAACUCUGACAACACAGA